AUGCUACAAUUGAAGUUUUUAUGGCCAGUGGCCAGAAUGACGCCUAUUUGUAGGCCAUUUGCCAAUUAUUCACUCAGAACUUUGGCCACAACUUCAAGCAUUAGUAACACGAGGACCAAGGUCCGUAAUCUGGACACGACACCACUAAAGUUGUCAAAUGAAUUAUAUGCAGUUUUCAGAAUUCAUAACCGCCCAUAUUUGGUAACGAAGGGCGACCGAGUUAUUCUUCCGUUCAAGUUGAAACAAGCGGAAGUGGGUGAUGUGUUAAACAUGACGGAUGUGACAACUUUAGGAUCCCGCAACUAUAAGCUUGUCGACUCUCCCAUUGAGGCUGGUCUAUAUACUUUGAAAGCAACCGUCGUAGGGAAGACCAAAAGGGCUUUUCAGAGCAGGGAGGUAACGAAGAGAAGAAACAGACGAGUACGUCAUGCUAACAGCAAAGGUGAUUUGACAAUUUUAAGGAUAUCAGAGCUGAGCGUAAACUGA